AUGUCUGGCUGUGAGCGGGAGCUGGCCGCUCAGCUGACAGUGGAGAACGCGGCAGCCACAGCGGUGCUGGCAGUCGGUCACUCGUGUCUCAGUCUCACAGAGGCCGCUGUCGCCUUCAUAAAGGCCAACUUGCAGGUGUUAGCCACACAGGGCUGGGCCGAUGCAGUCCUCAACCACCCUGAUGAAGUGGUCGAAGUGAGUCGGCUGCUCGGUGAGCCGUCGGCAGAAUACAGACGCCUUCCCGGAAAGGAGUGUGGCAGGAGGCUGAUCGAGGCAGCUAAGGAGGGGGCAGUGGAGGAGCUGAGGGUGCUUCUGGCGGCAGGUGCGAAUGUGGAGGCGAGGGACGAGGACAUGUGGACUGCCCUGCACUGGGCGGCAGUGAGGGGACACGAGAAUGUGGUGAGGUGUCUGGUGGAGGGUGGGGCGGACGUCGAAACCAGAGACAGCAGGGGGAACACACCCAUGCACUGGGCUGCAUACCGCGGCCACGCGGCUGUGGUACGGCUACUGGCCGCCACCUCUGGUGACCCCAACGCCAAGGACGAGUACCAGUGGACGCCGUUGCACUAUGCAGCGAGGCAGGGCCACGCAGAGGUGGCGGCUGUGCUGCUCGAUGUGGGGGCCGACAGAGGGGCCUGGGAUGAUCACGGACAGAUACCUCUGUACCUAGCCAUGCAGAACAGAGAGCAGCAGCUUGCAGAUAUGCUAUCAUGAAGCAUGCAGUCCAAAAAAUUCUUUUGCUAUAACAUUUAAACACAUCUCUACAUUUAUUUUGUA